GGUCUUGGUGCUGUGACCUUGCUUGCUUCUUCUUCACCUAACACCACCACACCUCUCUGCUUGCCACCACCUCUCUCUGAAGCCUGUGAGUGUGAAGGUGGCGGAGCCGGAGCCUGCAUGGAAGGGCUGACGAGCGAGCAGAUGGUGGCGUUCCAGGAGGCCUUCUUGCUCUUCGACAAGAACGGCGAUGGAUGCAUCACCUUGGAGGAGCUGGCUGCAGUGACUCGUUCUCUUGGCCUCGAGCCAACCGAUCAGGAGCUCAACGACAUGAUGAGAGAAGUUGAUACGGAUGGCAAUGGGAUCAUAGAUUUUGAGGAAUUCCUGAGCCUCAUUGCCAGGAAGAUGAAGGAUGGAGAUGGCGACGAAGAGCUCAAGGAAGCUUUCGAGGUCCUGGAUAAGGAUCAAAACGGUUUCAUCUCGCCAAAUGAGCUGAGGACAGUCAUGACCAAUCUUGGGGAGAAGAUGACAGACGAGGAGGUUGCGCAGAUGAUAAGGGAGGCGGAUACUGAUGGCGACGGGCAGGUGAACUACGAUGAAUUCGUGAUCAUGAUGAAGAACGCUGAACGGAAGAUAUCUGGGUGAAAAGAUGCUGCUGUUUCAUGGAAGUGAAACACUGAUUCCCAAAUUAGGGAGCAUCGUUUCCACUGUAAAUACCAUUCCCUCAAGUACUGUAUCUGAACCACAAAAUCUGGUAAUUUCAGCUUGUAAGAUUGUGAUUGAAAACUAUAUUAAGGUUGUGUGGUUUUGUUUCAAA